CUUUUCAAAGGUAAUAGCUAAAAAUUCAUUAAUGAUCAAACUUGACUACAAAUUCAUCAAUUAGCAUAUGCCCUUGUAGACGGAUAUGGCCUUUCAUGUUAACAAAUUUCAUCUAAGUAUGCUUUGUGCCAAGUUUGGUUCCCUAUACAUUUGCAUGUAAAACUUCGAUCCCCAUAUUGAGGACCCUAAAUAACCCCAGGGGUCAUGAUUUUUACAAACUUGAAUCUCCACCCUAUUUUUGGAUUUUUGUGAUUAUCUCCCCUUUGAAGGUGGCAUGGCCCUUCAUUUGAACAAACUUGAAUUCCCUUCACCUAAGGAUGAUUUGUUCCAAGUUUUGUUGAAAUUGACUUCUGGCGAACAUUUUCUUAUAUAUCAUCAGCAUGUAACACUUUGACUCCCUUAUGUGGCCCCACCCUACCCUCUGAGGCCAUGAUCCAAACAAAUUUGAAUCUACUCUAAAUUAGGAAGCUUUCACUUACAUCUCUACUCAUAUGGCCUGGUGGUUCUUGAGAUGAAGAUUUUUAAAGAUUUUCCCUAUAUAUUCACAUGUAACUUGAUCCCCUAUUGUAGCCCCAUCUUACCACUAGGGGUCAUGAUGAUAACAUGAAAUUCCUAUCCAUUAAGGGUUUCGGCAGUUAGCAAUGCUAGGUAAUCAUCCUGUUCGACCAAAAUAACACAUGUUAUGAUCAUGUAGAUUAGAAAGAGGUACAUAAAUUCAAGGAAACGAUAAUUUUUUUCAAAGAAAUAUAUAGGCCAUUUAUGGAUUUUUGAAUCUAGUUCUUUGAUCCCCUAUUGUGGCCCCAUCAUACCCCAAGGGGUCAUGAUUUCAACAAACUUGAAUCUCCACUUUGUCAGGAAGCUUUCAUGUAAAUUCCAGCUUUUCUGGCCCUGUGGUUCUUGAGAAGAUUUUGAUCCCAACCUAAUUUUGCAUUUUUGUGAUUAUCUCCUCUUUGAAGGGGACAUAGCCCUUCAUUUGAACAAACUUGAAUCCCCUUUACCCAAGGAUGCUUUUUGCCAAGUUUGGUUGAAAUUAGCCCUGUGGUUCUGGUGAAGAAGUCGAAAGUAUGAAAAGUUUACGCAAACAACGAUGCCUACAGACAACAUACAAAUUUUGAUCAGAAAAGCUCACUUCAGUCUUGAGCCUUCGGCUCAGGUGAGCUAAAAAGCAACUUCCACUACAUUCAUGCCAGGGCCAAUAAUAUUUCUACAAGAGGGUCAUGGGUCACAUCGCUUAUCUGAGUCACCUUGGCCCUGCCGUUGUUCAGCUAUUGUGAUUCUAAAAGAUUUUUUUUAUCACUUUUUAUUCCCAUGAAAAAUUUUGACUCCAUAUUGUGGCCCCAACCUAGUCCCAACGGAUUGCAACAUAAUUACUGACAGUAAAAAUAAACUAAAUGCCUCAACACCAAUAUGAGUAACAUGAUCUUGCUAUUCUGGAUAACACCUUAUCAUAAAAAAUAUACAAAAUAUGAAAGCUCUAUCUUAAAUAGUUCAGGAGAUAUCAAACAGGUCAGAGUUUUAUUAAAAGUAGGUCAAACUUCCAGGUCAAGGUCACAGAUUCAAACACAAAAGUAUAAAAAGGUCUUGCCAUAAAGAAUUUAUAUACAAAAUAUGCAAGCUCUAUCUUACUAGAUAGUUCUGAAGAUAUUGAUAAGGUAAGGAUUUUCUUUUCUUUUUUCAAAAGUAGGUCAAGGUUACAAGAUCAAACACAACUGUAUCACUAGGUCCUGUCACAAAGAAUCUCUAUAUAUACAAAAUAUGAAAACCCUAUCUUGAACAGUUCCAAAAAUAUUUAAUAUGUUACAUUUUCUUAACAGUAGGUCAAAUUCCAAGGUCAUAGUAUGAAAUCAAAGGUCUUGCCAUAAGAAAUCUAUAUACAAAAUAUGAAAGAUCUACCUUAAAUAGCUUAGGAGAUAUUGAAUAGGUCAAAGAUUAAAAAAGUAGGUCCAACUCAAAAGUCAAGGUCAAACUUAACGGAAUAAUGAGGUCUUGCCAUAGAGAAUCUAUAUACAAAAUAUAAAAGCCCUACCUUAAAUAAUUCAGGAGAUAUUGAAUAUGUCAAGGAUUUUUUAAAAAGUAGGUCAAACGAUCAAAUACCAUUGUAUCACAAAAAGCCUGUUCAGCACAGCGGGCACACACGAGUGCCCACCUUUAGCACCAAAGGUUUAUAUUGGGAAUGUUCACAGGCACCAGCUCUGCUGAACAGGCUUCAGGUCUUGCCAUAAAGAAUCUAUACAUACAAAAUAUAAAAUUCAUAGCUUAAAAAAUUCAAAACUAUUGCUUGAUUAUAAAUGUUGAAAUUUGCCUGUCGUAUUAAGUGGUGGUGAGUUGAAAUGGAAGCAUUAUAGAUUAGAAUUGGUGAAAGAGCAUUAAAAAAAGUUACUUGAUCUAUUGCAUAAACUUUCAUAAAACAGAUGAAAAUCAGAGCUAUCACCACGGAAGUGAAUAGUACAUUUAUUCUAUAAGUAUUUUGUUGUAAACAAAAGGGGAAGGGGAUAUGCAAUCAUGUUGACAAGCUGUUCAAGCACCUUUGUUUACACAUUCAACUUUCUUUUUUUCGUCUGAACUACGAUUUUUCAACCGUUUAAGCCUAACAUUCAGAAGUCAUCUUCGCGAGCCAAGUGUCUGAUUCGCUUACUCUCAUCUAGAUGAGAGUAAGCGAAUCGAACACUUGGCUUGCGAAGAUGAUCAGAAGUAGAAUGACAUGUAAUAUUAAAAAUACACGCAUUGCAUGGGCUUACAAUUUCUGGUAAAGCAAGCUCAUGGUAUAAAAGCAACUUAUCUUUACCAGAGUAAGUUUUUGUUUGCAUAAAAUCCAAUAAACAAUGCAGAUAUGAUCCUUUUUUUUGUCUGCUAAUAUCUACUGGAAGGUUUGUCAGAUGUGGUGCUAAGUUUUACCAGACAAAUGAAAAUUUACCAGAGAUAUCCGGUAGUCCUGCGUCUUUCACCAACUUUGCAUUAUACCAUAAAAAUUACCAAAAGCAACAGUAAUUGUUAUUACAUCCUAUUACAUUUCUGAAACCCAUCUACAAGUACAUCAAGGUUCCUAUAGCAUGCAGACUGAGAACUAAAUUCUUUAAAUUAUUAGAUAUCAUGUCAAUUGGUCACACACAUUGUUCUCUUCUCAGCAAAAGUGGACCCUUGUUGGUUUGUUUUGGUUUACUGCGCAGGGAUUUUCUAAACCUUUGAUUUAAAGGACCAAAGCCAUUCAUAUUGAGAAACAGCAACAUUUCAACAUUGGGUUGAAAUUGGGAAAACACUUAUAAUUCUUAUAAAUUCUUAAAAUGCUAACCUAAUUGAUUUCAUCUUCUGAUUUUGUGGUAAAGAAAAUGGAAAUGUUCCAGUAAAGCCAUGACCCAGGCAUAGUCAAAGUAAGAUUUUAUCACAGAAAAUAAGUAUCGAUCCAAUGUAAGUCGUGACUGAAUCAUCAGAUCUUAAAUCAUCAACAUUUUGAUUAGUUUUGUUUUCUUUAUCAUUCUCUGAAAUUGAAGAAAACCCUUGGAGUUUCCAUUAAAAGAUUUUUGUCACUGUCAUGACCAUUUGGACCCAGUCACUUGUUGAUUUACCAGCUGUUCACUUGAACAUAAGUUCAUCACAUAGAGAUCCAAUUUUAGUUUUCAUAUCAAAAAUAGAUUUCUUGUUUAUACAAUCAUCUAACCUAACUUUACUAAGAUGGUAGUAGUUUUAGUUAACCUCAUGCAAAUUUUUUCGUCCUAUCCUGAACUUAAAUGCAAUAUUUAAAGCUAUGAUAAAUAUCCAGUGUCCUGAGUUAUGAGUUCUUAAAAAAACUUUUCUUGUUUUUUUUUUUUUUUUUUUUUUUAUCAUUCUUUGGAAAUUUUUAGGUGUCAUUUUGGGAAAACAUCGGGAAUGGAACCGAAUUUCGUCCCUCUACAAACCCUAAAAAAAAUUCCUGCUACAACUGGAAUGAUGUGGAUAAAUUUCAUAUGUUAAACAAGGAAGAGAAGCAGAUUAAGAAAAUUGAACUCACUGAAAAUCUUUUGACAAUAUGGAGAACGUAAUACUAAGAUUUUUACAUUUGAUCGAGAGGAACCCAUUGGAUUUAAAACACAUUUUUAAGUUCGGACUAUGCUUCCUAUUAUCACCGAAUUCAAACUAAAAAAAAUUCUUAUGCAAUCGACAAAUUCGUUUUGAAUCAAUGGAUUACCAUGAAUUUGAAGUUUAACUAGAAAUACUGGACAGUUGCACAUGUUGCAGACAGUCCGGUAAAUUUCUUAAUGCAUAAUCAUUGUGAACUGUUAGCAUCAUACGACAUAAAUAGCAUUUUGCAACUCUUACACAUUCAAUGAACGACAGCAAUCAAGAAGUUAGACAUAUAGCUUUCAAAAUACACAUACUUAUACGCAUUUUGUUCUUCAGUCAUCAAACAGGAAGACACUUUCUUACUUUCAUCUUCCAUAUUGGAAAUUAUGUUGACUGCAAGGAAUUCUGGGUAAUUUGACACACUCACGACUUUUGAUAAUAUUUUUCAAUAAGUUUAUGAUCUGGAUGGGAAAAUGGGUAGUGGGCAUCUCAUGAAUCACUGAACCGUAAAAAGAAUAAUAUAUAAGGAUUUAGAUGUUGAAGUCGUCUGGACAGAGAGCGCACCUGACAACGGAAGUAGAAAAACCGCCAUAUUGAAACUAAUGUAAUCAUUCAUGCCCUGAUUCCAGAAUGGCAGAACCACAAGAAAUAAAAGUUGAAACUGACACAAAUUCAUUUACUUUAAAGGGAAGACCAUGUGAACUUUCAGCAUUUUCGUUUAUUCCGAUAGAGAGAGAGGAUCCACCGGAGAGAACAGUAUUCAAUACACCCAACCAGCUGGUUAGCAAACCUCGUGAACAGAAUCGCUAUCCAAGAUCGACAUAUGAGAGAUUAUUUAGAAAGGAAUAUGGAUUUAAUAACAAACUUCACCGUGACGAUCGGGAACAUGCCAAAUCAAGGGGUUUAGUUGUGAACAAUGAGGAGAAGGUCAAGGAUGUCCCCACUCUGUCUUCCUCCGAGUAUGGCCACCGUCUUGAAAUGUUCGCGGACCACCCAGACCGAAAACAUGUCCGCAUUGCCCACGUAAGGGCAGAGUUCUUCAGGAGAAAUGGAAUUACUUCCUGAUUGAUGUCCAUUCUUAUAUUGAGUUAUAUACCUGUACUUUGUUAGUUUUUAAAUUGCAAAUGUUUGCACGUUGUUAUAGAGUUGGACUGUUACCCUGUCUUGUUCAAUGUUUAACCAUGAAGCAUGCUUCAUUUCUUAUAAGUAAAUGUGAACCUGCGAUUAUUACUGUAUAAUUUUUAUCAUACUCUGUUGUUUAAGAUGAAAUGGGAAUAUUUAAGUUCUUGCUUUCUUUCACAUUACUGAUGUGAUAGAUUAAAAUAUGCUUUAUGUGUAUAUAAUUGAAUGGAUAACCUUUGAUGAUGCAAUGUAUUGUGCAGGUGUUUACUGCGAUACAUUCUGCAUUUUUGUGUUCACCUGUAUGUGUAUACCUACAUAAAAUAAAAUUGAAUACUAUUUUUUCCAUUAUUGAAUUUUUGUGUUCACCUGUAUGUGUAUACCUUCAUAAAAUAAAUACUAUUUUUUCCAUUA